AUGAACAGGGGCAAACUUGCGCCCGAAGUCCAGAGAGCUCUCUUUGUCAAGAACCUGAGGUCCGUUUGUCCGUCUGUCCGUCUCUACAACGUCUCUUCCGAGGAACUCUUUGAUCUCUUCGGCAAGUUCGGUCCUAUCCGACAAAUCCGCCAAGGCAUAGCCAACAACACUAAGGGAACUGCAUUCGUCGUCUAUGAGGACGUAAUGGACGCAAAAACCGCUUGCGACAAGCUCAACGGUUUUAAUUUCCAGAAUCGCUACCUCGUUGUAUUAUAUCACCAGCCCGAGAAGAUGGCCCGCGCGGAAGGUGACCUCCAGAGACGUCAAGAGAACCUAGAAAAGGCGAAGAGACAGCAUGGUAUCGACUAA